AUGGCUGCCUCGAGCGGCGCAUCCUCCAUCACAGUCGCGGUUAGAGUGAGACCGUUUACGAUUCGAGAGGCAGCUCAGAUCUCGAAAUGUGAAGAUGGGCCCCUUUUCCUCGGCGACGGAUCUUUGGCUGGAGCGCCUACGCCAAAGUUGAAUCAAAAGGGAAUUAGAUCUAUCGUCAAGGUGAUCGAUGACAGGUGUCUUGUAUUCGAUCCUCCAGAAGACAGCCCGGUUCAGAAGUUUUCGAAGAGCGUCGUUCCUACCGGCAAGCGAGUCAAGGAUCAGACUUUUGCUUUUGAUCGUAUCUUUGAUCAAAAUGCCUCACAAGGAGAGGUGUACGAAUCGACUACUCGAAACCUGCUCGAUAGCGUCCUCGACGGGUACAAUGCCACAGUAUUUGCUUAUGGUGCGACCGGGUGUGGAAAGACUCAUACAAUUACUGGCACAGCACAGCAGCCGGGUAUUAUUUUCCUUACUAUGCAAGAGCUGUUUGAACGGAUCGAGGAGAGAUCGGAGGAAAAGUCGACGGAGAUUUCGCUCUCUUACCUUGAGAUUUACAACGAGACUAUUCGAGAUUUGCUGGUUCCAGGUGGAAGCAAAGGUGGUUUGAUGCUUCGAGAGGACACAAACAAGUCUGUUUCUGUAUCUGGACUGUCAAGCCACCACCCGCAAAGUGUGCAGCAGGUUAUGGAUAUGAUCAUGAAAGGCAAUGAAUGCCGCACCAUGUCACCAACAGAGGCAAACGCUACUUCGUCGCGAUCGCAUGCUGUUCUUCAGAUCAACGUGGCCCAGAAAGACCGCAAUGCCGAUGUUAACGAGCCCCAUACCAUGGCCACCCUGAGCAUCAUCGAUCUUGCAGGUAGCGAACGCGCAAGUGCCACCAAGAACAGAGGCGAGAGACUUUUUGAGGGAGCGAACAUCAACAAAUCAUUGCUAGCGCUGGGAAGUUGUAUCAACGCCCUCUGCGAUCCUCGGAAACACAACCAUGUACCAUAUCGGAAUUCGAAGCUUACCCGUCUCUUGAAAUUUGCCCUGGGUGGUAACUGCAAGACAGUCAUGAUUGUUUGCGUCAGCCCAUCCAGUCAGCAUUUUGACGAAACCCAAAACACUUUGCGCUAUGCGAAUAGGGCGAAGAACAUCCAAACGAAAGUUACGAGGAAUGUUUUCAAUGUUAACCGCCAUGUCAAGGAUUUCCUGGUGAAGAUCGACGAGCAAAUGGCACUUAUCAACGAGCUUAAGGCACAACAAAAGGAUUAUGAGAAGGUUGCUUUUGCAAAGUUCAAGAAGCAAAGCGAAAAGAAGGAUGCAGUCCUCCGGGAAGGUGUUGCUCGCAUUCGAAACGCCUACGAGCACACACUACCAGAAAGACAAGAAAAGACCAGCAAUAUGCUUAAAUUAAGGCAGGUUAGCCGCAGGAUCGGACUAUUGUCUUCCUGGAUUGCUGCUUUCGACAAUGUGUGUGAGAGUUGUGAGGAUGAAGAGCCCCUACCGAAUCUCCAGGCCAUCCGCAAAACAGCACAGGGUAUCCUCCUCGAGUUGGAAAGUAGUAGACACCACUAUCGUCAGCGACUGGCCAAAAACAACUGGGAUCGAGGAAUUAACUCCGCUGUCGAAAAUGCCAUCCGUCAACUCCAGGAUUUCGAUAUUAGUGACAACAGUGAUCUUGCCAACCUGAACCGUGAAGCAGAACUUCUCAGGGCGAAUACAGAACGCGAGGCGUUAUCUGCGGUAGCAGAGCAGGACAAGGCGGGGGAUGCCGCAACCGUGCAACUGCUCCUUCAAGCACAAUUUGAGACAAUCAUGGCCGUCCAGAACAUCAUGCACAUGAGCGAAGAUGAGGCAAUCGAAGCCGGAAAGAAGAUACUCGCGAAAAUGCUCAACUCAUGCACCAACGCCGUGACCAAUGUUGUCAAACCAGACGCCAGCUUAGCGCCAGCUCCAACCUUUAGUCCUAGGAAGAGUCCCUCCAAGCUUUCCUCUCCCAAGCCGAAGAAGAGGGUGAGUCUUCUCAGUGCACCAGGUGGGAAGGCAUUGAGUGCCCCUAUCACAUUUGCGCCACCUGCAGCACCCCCCUCUCCUGUGAAGGGAUCUCCUAGGCGCCGAAAGCCCACUGUCGGAAGGAAGAGUGUUAGCUUCUCCCCCAAGAAAGCUCAUGUGAAAGUACCAAAGAGAAGUGUCCGGUGGAAGGACGAUGAGCAGGAUGGGUCCCUUGCCGAGUUUCAGAGAACGCCACAAAAGCCAGAGACUGUCCUGACUAUUCCUGACCGCGAAGGAAGCCCCGUUGAGCCAACGCUGCCUAGAGCAUCUCCUAUUCCCCGGGGAAUCCCAGUGCCUAGCAGGAACGUCAGCCCCUCAACAGGGCUGGGCAGCUCUCCAAUUCCAGCACCAGCUUCAGAGCCGACGUUGAACAUCCCGAAGAACAGCAGAUUCGCAGCUGGCUUUUUGGCAAAGAAAAACAGUGCGUCUCCGAUUGCGCAGCCUUCGUCGAGGCUUUCCCUCUCUGAUAAUGAGAACUCCCCUCUUCGUGACAUCGAAAACAGCAGCUUCCUGAAUCGCGCACCUUCUGAACGUCCGUCUAGAAUGCCCGUCCGAACUUCGAGUGGAGGAUAUUCGAGCAGUCCGAUCUCCGAUAGCAAAGACAACUGGAAAGCCAGCAAAGACGAAGCCAUCAAGAUCAACUCCGCAAUGAGACGCAUUUCUGGCGGUUCGUUUGGCCUUGGACCGUCGGCUAACGCCCUCCGCAUUCACCGUCGACGUAGCCCGACAUCUGGGUCAUAUGGAAGUCCUCCCAAUGAAAACCACCAUAUGAACACCAUGUUCACCGCAUCUCAGGCACGACGAAUGGUUAAGGGUGACCGAGAACAUGAGGUUAAACCUAGGGUCUUGAGCCCUCGAACCAUUCCUGUCAUGAAAAAUACUGGACGACGUACCACGUUUGGGGGCAGGGAUGCGAUCAGACUCAAUGCGAUGGCAACUCCAAGCAUUGACCAGAGCUUCAAUGUACCUGCUGGAAGUGCAUUCCAGUAA